ACGAUCCAGACGCUACCGCCUUUUAGCAUCAUGUGGGCGUAGUUUGUAGCUGUGAAGGUCAGGUAUUAUUGCGACCCAAGCUGAUUGUGUACCUACAACGGUUUUCUUUUCGCGCGUGUUGCUUUACCACUUUUUGCCUCCCAUCACUGAGCCGAAGCUUCGACGUGUUGAGCACGAUCGGUGAAUGUUCAAGUCGUCGGGGUGGUAGUUGAAGGUUUGCGACCUACUUUAGCUUAGCCUAACCUGGCGGCUAACGUAGGAACAAGGCGUCUAGUGUGGAAAAUGGACACGAGAACGACACCAUCAGCGAAGGAACUUUAUGGCGCAAAAGUUGUUCUUCACGGACGAGAAGACGGCAGCCAAGCACAUCAUCCUGAGCAGUCCGCUUGCAUCAAAGAGGAGGAGGAAGAUUCACCAUACGUCAAGAUGGAGAUAGAAGACUUAGUACACAUUAAAGUGGAAGAGGAAGAGUUUGUACACAUAAAUGAGGAGCAGGAGCAUUUCAUCACAGUUGGGAACUCUCAUAUUGAGGAGCAAUGCCAACAUCCACCCUUCAAAAAGGAGGAUGAAGACACUCCAUGCGUUAAGGAAGAGGUAGAAUUCGUCAAGUUGACUGGUGUCAGAAAAUAUCUUGAUUCUGAGCAGCAGGAGUCUGCUGGCAUUAAAGAAGAAGUAGAGUUUCCACAAAUCAAACAGGAGGAACCUGCGCCUCCUAAACAGCAAAAGAGAGAAGAGCAACUUCCCAUCAUAAAGGCGGAGCAAGUAAUGCCAUACAUUGAUGAAGGUGCGAGUGUGGUCAGCAGAGGGGCGAAGCCUCUAAGCAGCAGAACCCCCUCGACAGACUUCAUCGCUUCACCUUCAGGAAACACCGAAUGGACAAUAGAGCCCUACAGCUUCGAGCCGGAAUUGGAAUGGACAAUCGAACCCUACAGCUUCGAGCCGGAAUCUGACCCCGAAGCUGAAGAAAGUAUUGAGUUCGAGGAGGACAGACUUUCGCAAGAUGCUAUUGAAUGGUGCAGAUGUCAGAAGUGUGUGAAGAUGCCAACAGAGCCUGAAAAUGUCUGCUGCAUUGAGAUAAAUGAGGUGAAAAAAAGAAUGCAAGAGCUCCCAGUCCCCCCUAUGUGUAUGACUGAUCAUCCUGGCUUUGAGCCAGUCUGCUUGAAUGUUUUUUCUUUGCAAAAUGUCUGCAAUAUAUUCAAUGCAGAUUAUGGACGACUAAAGCUACAGGGACUAGAACAUCGCUACAGGUACAUGGCCAAAAGGAGCUUUGUCAGCUGGUGCUGGGGCUAUCUCGGACGCAAUAUCCGAGUUGUUUUGCCAUCUUGUGUCGCCCAUCGGAUCACAGAAGAAUUUCCUGACACCCAAGGAAACUAUGUUGGCUUCAGGCCUCCUCUUGAUUGAAGCGGGAUACAAACAGUGUUAUGAACAGUUUGGGCACAACUGAUAAUGUUUAAGAUUGACAUUUAUGUGUCAAAUAUAGCAGUUGGGGUUUGUCCCUUCCAUCAUUUUUGUGUUUAUUAAUAGUUUGUAUAACUAAUAAAGUUUUUUUUUUUCAAUUUACGGAAUGUUGGUUUCACCUUUGUUGGCUCAACUGUGCAGUCACCCUUUGUGGAUUUUACAGUUGCUCACCAGUUAUUGAGGUUACUUGUGGACGUAUAGCAGUCAUUACAUAAAACAAAGAAUAUGGCAAUGCUAGAGAUGGGACGAUAAACGAGAAGCAUCUCAAUAUGCCAGGGUCAUGAUAUGUCACGAUACGAUAUCAUAAAAUGUAAAAAUAAUAUCUUUUGUUUAGAGAACAAUUUUAUAGUCAUAAAUGUUUCCUCAGUUGAUGUAAAAAAUAAUGUUCCAUAUUCCCUAUUGCUUGUUACUUAUUGACAGAUAUUGUUUUCACCACAAGAUGGCAGUUGGGGACUUUUUCUGAAGUGCGACAUAUAUUUACGUCAUAAUUGCUUGCUGUGAAAUUGUCUGAUUGCUUGUGGGGCCAGCCUGAGAGAGGAUCUAUCCGCAUGUUAAACACGCACAGUUUUAGUAGAAAAAGAACCUCCGUUAUUCAUUCCUACGAAUGCAACAUGAAGCUGCAACCAACUCAACAAUAAUAAUUUAAACUUAUUUCUGUUUCAGUUGCACAUGCAAAUGAAAUACAGACUGCAGCAGCGAAAAGCAAUGGUGAUCGCCUGUCAUCUAACAUUUUGUGGCUUUCGGGUUGUGAAAGAAUGUCAUCUAGAGCUCAUGAAAUACUUUCCGCAAAAAACUUUAAAGCCAUUAUUUCUAAAUAUAAAUAAAUAACAAAUCAUCCUUAUAGCCCUUGUUGCAUUUUGUUGAUAUUAAGAUCAUAUUUUCUUAAACAAAUAGCCAUAGAAUUCUCAACACUGGGCUCUGGCAGGGGCGCGGGAAGUCACUAACAGCAGGGGGUCCUGAGGAUCUUAUUUUGUUUUUCCCAUCGAAAAACAGCCAUUUCGUUCCAAAUGUGUCAUACUCACGCUUCUUCUCCAUACAAAGCAUGCACAAUGGCAGUGCAUAUGCAUACUUGAUAGCUUACGUACCACUACUGGCUACUACAAAGACAGACUAUUUGUCCGUAAUUGUAAAUGUCUUAAUCAGAUUAUUUGACUAGAUUAAAAUUAUUUAGAUUUAUAAUUAUUUAAAUUUAAAAUUAUUUUCUCCAUCUUGUUUUGAGUGUUGAAGAUCUAGUUAACAGAUUAAUGUGUCAGAUUAUUCCACUUAGGUAAAUAUUACUAUUUGUUCUUAUUAAACCCAUCUAAAGAUUUUUCACCUAAAUCAAGAAAGAUUUGCUUUUAAAUAGUGUUUUGAACCAUAUCCUUGAAUUAAAAACAUUUCUGACCUUUCAAAACUUUUUAAAGAUUAAAUAUACUAAUUUUAUGCUUAAAAUAAGUCUCUUAAGCUUAUUUUCAGCUAGCUAUUUGUCUUAUUUCAAUAAAUGUGAGUAAAAUUUACUUGAAGCACUGGCAGUUAAUUUCACUUAUUUCUAGUAGUAUAUUUACACGGAAAACAAGGGAAUUUAACUGACAAGAUGGCCGACCACACUAAGUGCCGAGCUGCACUCCGUGCCAAAUCUCCUAAUUAUGCCAUCAUAUCCAGUUUGGCCACUGACCACAACCAAAAUACACUGGAUUUGCCUGUUGAGGAACCGACAGAGGAUUUGAAGCCUAACGCAUCUUUCACCAUAAAAGCGUUAUGCCUAGCAACAAAUCUGAGGCUAAGGGCACCCGAGCUAAAAUGAGCUCUGGCGAAAUGGAAUCUUGGACAUCGACGAGGCUGUCUUAGCUAUAAAGCUACAACUCAAGAAGCUUGACCUACUUGAGCAACUCACAACAGAUGUCAAAGAACUAGAGCAGUCUGUGGAGUUUAAUAACUCACUCAUCGAGAUGCUAAAGGCUGACAAUGCGUCUCUUCGGGCCGAAGUGAACAAUCCUAAGCAUUUGACAUCUGAACUCCAAAAAGAUAAAAUAAACAUGGCAAAUUCCAUAAUUGAUUUGCAGUGCCAAAGCAUGAGAGAUAUCAUUGUACACAGACUUGCAAAAACAAAAAAUGAAACUCACCAAAAACCAGAAGAACUUCUUAAGACAUUCCUUGUCAACGAGUUGAAAAUGAAGCCCGAGGGUGCUGGGGCUAUUCGCUUUUCCAGGGUGCAUUGUCUUAGGAGUACGAAAAGUGACCAACAGCGGCCCCGUCCCAUCGUGGCUAAAACCGUUGACUCGAAGAUGAAGUCUGCCAUCAUGUCGUGGGGCAGAGAGCUAAAUGGCACCAACUACUCCAUCGGCGACCAGUUCCCGCCGGAGAUCAUGAACAGACGGAGGUUACUACACCCGAUCAUGGCCGAGGCGAGGAAAGCCAAAAAGAACGCUCGUCUGUCCAUUGACAAGCUCUACAUCGACGAUAAACUUUACACGAACCCCGAAUAACUUACUGGCUGAGUGUAGGAGACGAAACCAUUAUGCCUAAACUCCGUGAGGAACAGUCUGUCAACAUGCAACAUGCAGUCUCCCCGUAGGUGUAAACACAGACGCGUGGUGAUGACGUCCCCAGAGCGAGUCUCCGUCACCAUGACAACCACGGAGCCAGGAAGACUUCACUUCAUUCUUUCCUUUCUCUCCUCUCUCAUCACUACUCGUCUUUCUCUCACUCUCUCUUGCUCUCUUUCUCAUCUAUUUUAUUUACUAUUAGUAUUAUUUUCUUCUUUCUCAAUUUGGCUUAGGACUUGGCUUAAACAGUACUUAACUGAACAGACCGAGGCACUCCUUAUUUGCUUGGCUGCUCUGUGACAAUAUAGUUGGUAAUGUUCACAGAGGAUUACUGUGAAUCUGAGUAUAUGUUUGUACGUAUGUAUGUCGGCUGGGUCGUUUUUGGAAUGGAUGGUGUGUAUGUAUAUUUACAUGUUCUUAAUUGUAUGUGUUGGUUACAGGAUGUCAGUAAAUUGCACUGCUUUGUAAAUGGCAUUUUUAAUGACUUAGUGAAGGAGAGGAGGUGACACAGUGUAUUGACUAUUAUAGAAACAUAAGUGGUAAUCAGUACAAACCUGAGCACCUAAAAGCAUUGACAAAUAUAAACAAUUGUUCAUUCCUACAUUUAAACUACAUUUAAACAUCAGAAGCCUGAACAAGCACUAUGAUGAUCUAGUUAGUCUUCUUACAAGCACAGGCUGCAACUUUGAUGAGCGAUAGAUCAUACACUGAUAUCUUGAGUACUAAUGGUUAUAAGUUGUUUACAAAGAACAGCUGUGGCAUAUCUUGUGGUGUGUGCCAAUAUAAAGUAUCUCCUCCACAUACAAUGUGAACGUCUAUGAUGAUAUUGACAUAGCCAGUGUUGUCAGUACGCGUUACUGUAAUCUGAUUACUUUCGUUCAGUAACGAGUCAUCUAACACGUUCAUUUUUCUCUUUUUUUAAUUUUUUUUAUUUUUUUUAUUUUUUAAAUAAAUAAAUAAAAAAAUAAAAUAAAUAACACGUUCAUUUUUCGAAGCCAGUAAUCUGAUUAAAAUUUGUUUCCUUGGUGUCUGUGCGAUACUUUUUUUUUUCCUCAUGAUGUAUGUAGAAUAAAGAAUACUGUAGUCAUGUACGAAGAGAAUCUGAAUAGAAAAUAUUGCUCAUGAGUUUGGCAGUGACAUCGGAUGUCACGUUUUCUCAUCGGGGGGGAAAAAAACGGGUCACAUGUAUUACCAUGCUAUGAGCGCUGUUGGCGGCCAACAAACAACUGGCUACCUCUCAGGAUGCUAACAGUGAAAGGCGCAGGAAAAUAACCACAAACGGCUGCAUUUGCUUAUUGGACAUACAGCCAUGACUUCACAUUUCUCUCCAAUAAAGAUGACCAAAAAUAUCUCCGUGCGUUGCAAACUUUGCACUGGCUCAAAAGGGCAGUCGACCGCUAAUAACUCUACAUCUAAUUCAAGGAACCACUUGGAAUUACAGCACAACGCGACAAAAAUCGAAACAAAGCCAUUAGGUAACGAGACAGCCAGCACUUUUACAGUUUGUAACGAGCCUUUACUCUCAUUUUAUAGUUUGUAACCAACGGCGGAGUGUGACUUUGUGUG